CACAAAGCAGAUUGUUCUGAGCAGCGAGAGCUUGAGGAACCAGAGAGCAUCCUUACCUGUCUGAUCCUUCUGUACUCCUCAGCACACAAUGGUGACCUCUUUGAAGUUGUGGCCAAUGAUGGCUGCCAUCGCAGUUUGCGUCUUGGUUUGUCUAGGAACACUAGUCGAGGGCUACCCUCCAAAACCAGAGAACCCUGGAGAAGAUGCCUCUCCAGAGGAGAUGACCAAAUAUCUGACCGCUCUGCGGCAUUACAUUAAUCUGGUGACCCGACAGAGGUACGGGAAGAGGGAGAGCCCAGCCGACAAUCUGCUCUCCGAGCUCCUGUAUGGAGACCAUAGCGGGAACCACAACAGCAGAUCAAGGUUUGAUGAUUCUUCCUAUAACUGGUGACCCUUGGACCCGUCUCUCUUGCCUUCCUCACCUGGAUGACCUCUCCCCCACCCCUUUGCCUUCUUUUUAACUUAUCAAUUAUUUUUAUGCCAUUUUGCAUUGUGACUGGGUCCUGCGUCAUCGCUCUCUUCUAAGUGUGGAGAUUGAAGAGUGGAUGCCGGUGCCUUGGAGGGUUCCGUGGGCACGCGUGUGCUUGUGUGUCCGUGUAUGUGUGGUACACCAUCCCACCAGAGAUGCCUCUCCCAUGACACGCUGUGAUGUCUGACAGAGAAAUCCACUGUGUCCAGAAAUAAAAGCAAGUUUAACGGAAAA